AUGGCAUGGCUAAUGGUGAGGUUGACGAUGAGGCUAAGAAAUAGGGAGUUCCGGUUAGUGAAGAAACAAAUGGAAGAGAAGGCUCAUGGCUUUAGGAAAGAAGAUAUAGGGGUUUCACGGGCUAAAGAAUGGGAAAAUAAAAGCAACCAAAAAUUCGAAAACGAGCUAAAAAAAUCAAAAUGGGAAAAGCUCCUCUGCGACUCCGGCGCCUGCGCGGAGGCGUUGACGCCGUCUCCGUCGCCGGCGCCGCUCGGGUGGUCGGAUCUGGAUCCGGUGCCAGUCGCCGCCGCGUCGCCGGAUCCUGCGCCGUGGGAUGGUGUCCGAGGACUUGAGGACCAGCAGCGGCGCCACCUUAGCCGGAUCCACGCGCGUGGUGUGCUGUGGAAGAACCCUAGCGAGGGACCGGCUGCGGUGGCGGUGGGGUUUAGGCUGGAGCACGGCGGGGAAGUGGAGGCGGAUGGGAAUUGCUUGUUUACGGCGGCGAGGUCGGCGAUGGGUGGGAAGGUGGGGGCGAGGGAGUUGAGGCAGAGGACGGUGGGGAGAUUCCUUGAGGAUUAUCGGAGGGAUGAUGGGGUGGGGAGGAGGGUGGUGGAUGCGGCGAUUCGGCACUUGUAUUUGCCGGAUCUGAGGGUUGGGUGGGGUAUCCAUGUUGUUCAGGAGGUGAAGCUGCUUGCUAAGAAGGCGGAUCGCCGAGGGCUUGAUGCGGCGAUUCAGGAGCUCGUAGAUCUGGGCCUUCAGAGAGAAGUGGCAGCAGAGUCAAUUUACAAAGAGCGCUGUAUGGUUGUGGAUGAUGGUGAGAGUUGGGGAAAGUAUAUGUCCAUCUCUGGUGUGCCUGAAGAUGAGUAUGAUAUUAUUACUUUGCAAUACACAGAGGAGGGGUUGUUGACAGUUGAUGAGAACAGAGAUGGCCGUGCUGCAGCUUUUGGGGAUGAUAUUGCAAUUGAGAGCCUGGCUACCGAGUUUAAGCGUGAAGUAUAUGUGGUUCAAGCCCAUGGUUCAGAUGCAAUGGUUGAUGAAGAAAAUUGUGUCUUUUUUCUUCCACACCGCCCCAGGGGUCAAAUUUGUGAAGCCCCAAUUUUCCUCUUCAUGAAAGGGACUGGAUGGUGUGGUGCUGGAGGAGACCAUUAUGAGCCUUUGAUGGCCACUCCAAUUCCUCUUAUCUCCCAGGAGAAAGCUGCUGUUGUACUUUGAGGGUGUGUUGGUUCACAAUUUUGUGGCUUAAGAGGCUGACUGGAUGUUGUUGUGUUGCAACUUUGAAGUUAUGCAUUCUAUCUUUUAGAAUGGAAGAAAUGUUUAUUGUUUAGUUCCUAAUUAUUAACAGAUUCGAUUUGAAUCAAGACUGACUAACUGUUUUGUGCCAACCAUUUUCCGCAGACCUUUCCAUGCCUUGUGGCAUUGAAGGGGCGAAUUCUGAGUCAUUAGGUAGAUACCUUCUUUGUUGUUCAUUUUCCGUGUAAGUGGGGGUCAAUCAUUUUUUGGUUGCACCCUCAGUUUUGUAUCUCCUUAUAUUAUCAAUGCUUGAUUUGAUGAUAGAGUUGUAUCCUUGUGGUGUAUUUGAAAUGAAGUUUUGCCAUUUUUGAACGAUAAAUUUGUUUGGUCUUUAUUAAGAAAAAACUUUUUGAUUCAGUGUCUUGAA